AUGGGCAACCCGCCGCCGCCGACCGCCACUGUGAAUGGGUUCUGCUCGGAUCUGGUCCAUGGGCUUGACGAGCUCGAGCGCCGCCUCGCUGGCGACGGCGCCGUCUCCCUCGUCUUCCUCCGGCGAGUCGUCUACUUCCUCCGCUCCUCCCACCGGAAGAUGACCCACCUGGUGCAGAACCUCCGUCUCCCCGCUGGCGGCCGGUGGCUCAGCGAGUACAUGGACGAGAGCGCCUGCCUGUGGGAGGCCUGCAGUGCCGCCAAGCUCGCCGUCGCCGCCGUGGAGAGCUUCUGCUCCGCGGCCGGCGCCGCCCUUGGUCGUCCCCUUCUCGCGAAGCAGGCAGCGCGGGCCAUCGCCGGCUGCCGGCGGGAGGCGGCGGCGCUGGAACAGGAGAACACGCCGGCGGUGGUGGCGAUGGUUCAGCCCAUCUCAUUCUGGUUCGACGACCGGACCCAGAUGGAAUCGUCAUCGUACUCCAAGCUCAGCAAUGGCUUCAAUGGCCUGAGAGGAGCCCUCUUAGCCAUGAGGCUCGUCGGAGCUUUGCUCUUGAAGGUCCUGCUAUGGGGGCUGGCUGCAUGGUGGCCAGAGAGUUCCUCCUCCUGCUCCGGAGAUCAGGCGGCGAGAUGGGGAAGGUCGGAGCUGGCGGCGGCGGCGGAGAGGUUGAAGGAGAGGGUGGCAGCAGCGGUGGCGGAGGAGGGCGGCGGUGGCGGAGUAGGAGGAGUUCCGGCGGAGGAGUUCCGGCGAGCGAGGGCGGCGAUGGAGGAGGUAGAGACGGAGGAAGAGGGAUGGGAGAGAUUGAAGGAGUGCCUCGUCUCUCUCAGCGCCGCCGCCGAGGCCGUCGCCGGCGAGCUCGACGACCUCUUCGAUGACAUGGUCGAAGCGAGGAAGACGAUCCUCAACCUCUGCUGCCGCAGGUAA